AUGGACCUGGACAACGCGUACGAGACCCCAGACUUCACCUACCAGAACGAGUCGUCAGGUACGUAUGACCUGACCAGCGAGGCGUCAUCCGAAGCAGAGCAUGAGAACACUGGAUGGGCCAGAGGACAGAUCCCAGCUCCCCCUUCUCCCCCUCCCCUUCCCCCUGCCCCCGAGGAGAGGCGAAGCAGAUCCCCCUCAUCCUCCUCGUCUUCCUCACAUGCUGAAGAUGAAGAGAAUGGGGAGAUAGAGCACUGGAAAAGGGAGGAGGAAAGAGAGGAAGUGGAGAAGAUGGAGGAGGAGGAGGAGGAGGAGGAGGAGAGGGGGUCUCCAGAGGUGGAGUUGGACGGAGGGAACUCAUCACGCAGAUCUUCAUCCUCCUCAUCAUCUUCCUCCUCUGAGAAGGAGGGAGCUGAGGAGAAGCCAGAGCCUGUAAAGGUGGAACCUGAAUUCGUACUUUAUGCAAAGGCUGGGAGUGAUGGGGAGAGCAUUGGAAACUGUCCCUUCUCUCAGCGCCUCUUUAUGAUCCUCUGGCUAAAAGGUGUAGUCUUCAAUGUCACCACUGUUGACCUAAAGAGGAAACCAGCUGAUCUCCACAACCUGGCCCCAGGGACGCACCCGCCCUUCCUCACCUUCCAGGGGGAGGUCCUCACUGAUGUCAACAAAAUAGAGGAGUACCUGGAGGAGAUGCUUGCUCCACCAAAGUAUCCCAGACUCGCAGCAAAGCACCGCGAAUCCAACAUAGCAGGAAAUGACACAUUUGCCAGGUUCUCCGCUUACGUCAAAAACACAAGACCAGACAAAAACCGAUCAUUAGAGAGCAGUCUAAACAAGGCCCUGGCCAAGCUGGAUGAGUAUCUGAUGAGUCCGCUGCCCGACGAGGUUCAAGAGGGAGAAUCCAAACGCAAGUACCUGGAUGGAGACGAGCUGACGCUGGCCGACUGCAACCUCCUGCCCAAACUCCAUGUUGUCAAGGUGGUCGCGAAGAAAUACAGGAACUACGACAUCCCGUCUGAAUUCAGAGGGAUUUGGCGUUACCUCGGCAACGCCUACAGCCGAGAUGAGUUCACCAACACGUGCGCAUCUGAUGUGGAAAUAGAGCUAGCCUAUAAGGACGUUGCUAAGAGGUUGGGGAAAUGAAUGCAUCACAACCAGUCAGUAUUGUACCUUUCUCUCCUGUUGGAAAAUCAACUAAAUCAUCCUUCUGACACACAGUAAACACACUCUUUACGACGGAUGAGUCAUUUUUAACACUGCUGUGCUGAAAUGUGUUUAAAAUGAAGCACAGCGGAUGUUUCAUUACAUUUUAAAGGUGAAAACAAAUUAUUCCUAUGUAAUAGUAAUAAUACUGACUAUAAACAAGUGGAAGAGGAGGGAAAUCGUUUGUUAAAGGUGAUUGUACUGCUGAUGUUUUCCCAAAAAAAGAAUCUGAUUUUUAUUUAUUGAGGGGGAAAAAAACUUUGCCUGAAACAUCCUGGUUUAAAACAUCAAAAAAAAAAAAAAGUGAGCCCAUCAGCCCAAACGUGGCUGCGCAGCACAAGGACAAUGCUUCUUGCUGCGACAAUGGAAAGCCUGACAGGCGUAGCGGCAGUAACUGUGGGUGGUGGGGCCUCACAAACGGUCACUUGGAGAUGUCGAAAAGAUAAGAUCCUGUUGGUGACAGCGGACCCCCAGUCAGCAAAUGAUGGAGGCUGUUUUCUCCUGAGCUCUGAAGAAUCACCCCUCCCUGCUCGCUGUUAAUCUAAUUAUGAAACCCUAAUAAUUUCAUGCCACAAAUUCUUUUUCUACAUGUAGUCUAAUAGGGAUAUAUGGGAUGCACAAAGUAAAAUUUGAUUAUUUGAUUUGUGCUCUUUGUAUUAUUACAAUGCAGAGUCAAAUUAGUGGAAAAGAAAGUGUUGUUGGAAAAUGUUAAGAAUGUGUUUCAGCCAAAGUAGUUUGUCUUUUAUUGCGGCAGUGUCAGCUUUGAAGACUUUGCAGAUAUAGUGUCCUUGUCUUAAUGAGGCAACGACUGACCAGUUCAAGUUCAGCUUUAUUCAUCUGCUUGAGCUGUGUGCUGAAGUAUUUUGUUUCCUUCCUUUUACAGCCUGGCACCACAGUUUAUGUCUUCUACUAUCAAUCCUUGUCUGCAAUGGUCAUAGUCUCACGGUGUCAGAAUAAAAGUGUGCUUCACUUCGAUACAUCAGCCAUUAAUGAAAAGAAAAAGCACCCAGACAAACCAAAUUUACCCUCGAGGAGUCUAGUACGAAGCGAGAUGUUGUGUCGUUUUGUUAUUCCGUGCAAACUGAGGGUAGUAAAUGUCAUUUUAAUCAUUUGUGCCUUUGUGAGAAUCAAGCCCAGCUCUGCCUUCAGCUCUUUAUGUUUGUACAGUAAAUUAUGUUUGAAUAUGAUGUGAUUGUGAAUUAUUGAUUUCAUCGAAGGACUUCUCAUGCCCCAUGGAGCUGUACAAUAAUAACACAAACUUAAUAUUUCUGUAAAUGAUUGUAGCUCAGCUGUAUUAAUAUUCUGUCCGAUGAUUAGAACC